AUGGGUAUUAGUCUGUCACGAAUUGCUUCAAAACUCAAACUACCUCACGGUGCUCAUAAACCUGCAAUUAAAGUUCUCAGUUUAUCUAGCGACUCCACAACACCAAUCAUCAAAUGCCAAAAGCACAGUCUGGUCCCGAGAGCCACAAUUAAUCGUGAACAAUUCACAAUCCUCCCGGCAGUAUGCGAUCCACCGCCCAGAACUGUGAAAUCGAAUCCGAAACCAAUUUUGUUCGGUGAUCAUGAUUCCGAAGUGGAGUCGAUAGCAUUGGAAUCAACAAGAAUUCAGUUGGCUGGUGAUUCAAUCAGUGGGUCUCUACUUCAUCCCGAUAAAUGUUCACCGCCAUUCAAACCGGAACCGCUGACCUAUCAGCUUCGACUUAAACUUUUGGAAAGUGAAAUGACUCGCCUGAUGUUCUUGGAUCUGUACGAUUUGGAUUUGCAAAGUCUGUCAGAGGAGGAAUUCAUUCACUGGUGUGAAAAAGCCGAAAUGCCUCAAACAAUGACGAUGUACAAAGCAUUUAAACAGGACGCAACAAACUACGCGACAAAACGUCACUUGACAGCCCUGGAAAAUCGGUUCGACAUCCAGGUCACGCUGGGUGAUUGUUUGCCCCUGUACGAGUUCAAUUCAGUCAGCACUAAAAGUCAACAUUUCAGUCCGGGUCGAUUGGGACGGGAUCUGACGAUCUACGGAAAACUGCAGAGCCGAAUUGUUGCGGCUGUCAAUUAUUUAGGGGCUAUACUGAAUCAACUGCAGCGUGAUCAACUCAUCUUACCAAACAGUCACUUAUUCGCUCUUUCCACGGAAGUGAGUUUGCACAAAUGGAUUCUGCCCCGUGCACCGGGUUCGGAAAGCCGCCUUCUUCAGUUAAGAAGACAUGCCACGCGACCAUCUUUGACCGGUCCAUAUUAG